AAUGGUUUGGUGAUCUUGUUACCAUGAAAUGGUGGACCGGCCUUUGGUUGAAUGAAGGAUUUGCCGAGUAUGCAGGACUCCGCGGAGUGGAUUUCUUGUUCCCAGACUCAAAAUUUUUCCAAGUCAAAAACGUUGAAAACUUUUUACUCGUUUUGGACUUCGAUUCGGAUCAAGCGGCAGACCCGUUGUCGGUAGCCAUAGAAAAGCCCGAUGACAUAGCACCAAUUUCGGCGGACCCGAUAACGUUCGCAAAGGGACCAAUUUUGUUGCAUAUGAUGAACACGCUCCUUGGCGAGAAUACGUUCAAACAAGGCAUCAGAAACUACAUACACAAAUACAAAUUUUCCAACGCCGAACAGGAUGACUUGUGGUGCUUAUUGACGGAGGAAGCACACCGACAAGGAACUUUGGACAAAAAUCUAACCGUGAAACAAAUAAUGGACCCUUGGAUUUUUCAACCCGGUUAUCCCGUAUUGAAUGUCGUCCGGGAUUAUUCUGCGGGCACGGUUACAUUGACCCAGGAAAGGUAUCUAUCGAUCAAAUCAAACGCACAACACUGCUUAAACCAGACAAAUGCGACAUUCUGGUUGAAUUGCGAAAACAACAGCCUCACCAUACCAUUGGCCAAUGACAACGAGUGGGUCAUCUAUAACAUGCAGAUGACUGUUUUAUUCAGAGUGUCUUACGAUACACGAAACUGGAUGGGUAUCAUUUGUACGCUGAACGAUCCAACCAAAUACGAAACUAUACCCACGUUAAACCGAGUACAGCUUAUCUUGGAUUCGCUUGGCUUUUCAAAAGCUGGUGACAUGGACUACGAAAUCACGUUCCAACUUUUGAAAUAUCUAAGAAACGAAAAAGAGUACUCACCGUGGUUUGCUGCUCUCACCGAAUGGAGAAAGAUUGACUAUUUACUGAUGAGGACUCCGAAACAUGCAGUGUUCCAAGUUAGUUUAAAAGGCAUUUCUUAUUUUAUUAUUAACUACAAACGUCUAGGAUUUCUAACGAUGAGCUAUUCAUUUGUCCACGAAUAACACAGUUAUAACUUAUAGUAAACGUACAAUAAAAAGACAUUUAAAGACAUACAGGGUGUCCCGUGAGGAUUUACCCAUUGCGAUAUCUCCUGAAAUAAAGAAGAUAUCUCAAUUCUGGUUUUUUAAUAAGACUCACAGGGA